AAGCAGAUGCUAGUAAUAAUAUUAUCGGCUGAUUGUCUCUACAGCUACUGCAGGAAGAACAUAGAUAGAGAAGCUGGUUUGGCAGGGGGAUAGAGAUAGACAGAGAGUGAUUAUAAUAAAUAAGAAUGCAACAAGCAAUGGUGUUCUUCAAGUCCUCCUUUGUUUCACCUCCAUCCCCUUUUCAUUUCAGCAAACAGAAUAUGGUUGGUAGUUCUGUUGAUUCCUGUGUCAAAAUUCAUAAAAGAGUGGAGAUAGUUUGUCUUGGUAUGCUGGCCCCUCGAAAAUUCAUGCAGAAGAGGAAGAAAAUAGAAGUAUUCAAGGAUGCUAAUGAUGAAGCAGAUCAGAAGAACUGGAGGAAGUUGAUGACUGAGAUUGAAGAGUCUGACUCUGCAGUUUCUGUACUCAGAAGUAAAAGGAUCAGGAAUGAGGCUCUUCCAAAACAUCUAAUUCUUGGUACUUUGGUUAGAUUUAAGCAGCUGAAGAAAUGGAAACUUGUUGGUGAGAUUCUUGAAUGGCUGCGAUCUCAACAUUGGUGGGAUUUCAAUGAGAUGGAUUCUCUGAUGCUCAUUACAUCAUAUGGAAAGCAGGGGGACUUUAACAAGGCUGAAAGAAUUUUAGGGUACAUGAGUAAAAGAGGGUAUCCUUCUGGUGUGAUAUCACACACAGCACUUAUGGAAGCAUAUGGGAAAGGAGGUCAAUAUAAGAAGGCAGAAGCAAUUUUCCGAAGGAUGCAAUCUUCAGGACCUGAACCUUCUGCUGUAACAUAUCAAAUAAUUCUUAAAACGUUUGUGGAGGGAGACAAGUUCAAAGAAGCCGAAGAGAUCUUUGAAACCCUUCUGAACAAGGAUGAAUCACCUUGUAAACCGGAUCAGAAAAUGUUCCACAUGAUGAUUUAUAUGCAUAAGAAGGCUGGGCACUACGAUAAAGCUCGUAAGUUAUUUGCACUAAUGGCUGAUCGAGGCAUUCAGCAUACUACGGUUACAUAUAAUAGCUUGAUGUCAUAUGAAACUAAUUACAAGGAGGUUGCAAAUAUAUAUGAUCAGAUGCAAAGAGCUGGUCAUCGACCUGAUGUUGUGAGUUAUGCAUUACUUAUUAGUGCCUAUGGGAAGGCUAGAAGAGAAGAGGAGGCAUUGGCUGUUUUUGAGGAAAUGCUCGAUGCUGGUGUAAGGCCAACACAAAAGGCUUACAAUAUUUUACUGGAUGCAUUCGCAAUAUCGGGAAUGGUGGAUCAAGCUCGGAUUAUCUUCAAGAGCAUGCGAAGAGACAGGUGUACACCAGAUCUUUGCUCUUACACAACAAUGUUAUCAGCAUAUGUCAAUGCAUCUGAUAUGGAUGGUGCUGAGAAAUUCUUCAAAAGAAUAAAACAUGAUGGCUUUGAUCCAAGUGUUGUUACAUACGGAAAUCUUAUCAAAGGGUAUGCUAAGAUCAAUGAUUUAGAAAAAAUGAUGAUGAAAUAUGAAGAAAUGUGUGUACACGGCAUUAAAGCUAACCAGACUGUCUUCACUACCAUCAUGGAUGCAUAUGGUAAGAACAAGGACUUUGGAAGUGCUGUAAUUUGGUUCAAAGAAAUGGAAUCUUCUGGGGUUCCUCCAGAUCAGAAAGCCAAGAAUAUACUUCUUUCUUUAGCAUCAACACCAGAAGAACAAAGGGAAGCUUAUCAGCUGGUAGGGCAAGACGACCAUCUCCUCAACUAUGGAAAGAGUGUUAAAUUUUCAAAUAAUAUUGAUGAUUUUGAUGAUGAUGAUGAUGAUGAUGAUGAUGAUGAAGAUGACAACGAAGAUGAUGAUUUAAUUGAAGAUGUUGAUUACGGUGAUGCUGACAAUAUAGAUCAGAUCUCAGCUGGUAUAACAGAAGACGGUUUAAUAGUUUCUGGCAGUGUUAAUGAAGAAAACCAUGAAGCCUCAAUUCUGAAUUUAUAGUCACUAGUUUUUAUGUUUGUACUUGUAUUAUUCUUUCUUGUAAGUUAUGCAAAUGCUCAGAAUAUCUUUGAUAUGGAAUUGCAUCUUCCGCAAAUACAUACAUGGUUAUAUAUAAAAUAUAUAAUUAGUUAGAGUCAA